AUGACGGUGCCCCAGGCUCAGGAACGCGAUCCUUCGCCCACUCUGGAUCUCACCUUGCUGCUGCUCGUGCGCGCAAUGGAUGCUCUGGUCCAGAAUGUGGUGUUUCACCGAUCCGGCAGCGCCCAUGUCAAGGCAGAACUCGAGCGGAAGGGGUCGAGAGACUGGGUGGGUGAUGAUCUGACGGAACGUCUGAUCAAGGAAAAAGAGAGAGCGACUGCAGUCAAAAGGAGACGCCUGACUACAAGGAUAGACGCUCUGGUAUUCUGGGCGUGUAGCGCAAGGAUUAUGUGGUGCUUCUUCUACGCGCCUCAUAGGCUCGUCCAUUCUUUCACACCUGGCGGUCUACUUCCUGGCGCGUACGUGCACUGGAUCAGCAAGUUGGCGAACGUCGACCAGCGCCUUCUCGAUGCCCUCAAACUUCUGGGGACCGGGGAGUGGUCGUACCUGCGUGGUACAGACCAAAACAUCCUAACCUCGUAUGCGAGCGACCUGGGCCUUCCCGCAUCGUGGGGCGACCCACACAUACUUCCAGCGUUCGGUGGACCGACUGCAGAUCGCGUUUGGAGCAAGAUUGGGGUUGAAGGUCGCUCUGGGAUCGGUGGCCUGCCGUGCGAGCUGGUGCACGGCGAUGUCGGUGUCGGCGGCAGCUGUCACGGCAACGCAGCAGUCCGCCUGAUGCAUGCCUUUGCUGCCGCUGUGGCCAUGUACAUCCCCGUCCACUUUGCUCCCAUACUGCUUACGCGACCCAAGACGCUUUUGCGCCCCCAGCUCGUACUACGGGCCAUCUUGGGUGCUAUGCGCAGCUCGCUCUUUCUCUCAUCCUUCGUUUCUCUGUUCUUCUACUCUGUAUGCUUUACCCGCACGCUUGUUCUUGCCCGCGCAUUACCUUUUAUCAGCUUUGAUUACUGGGAUGGCCCCUACGGUGACAUCCUUAUGGGCUGCUUGAUGUGCGGCAGCAGCAUUUGGAUCGAGCAAGGGAAGCGACGGGGUGAAAUGGCGCUAUACGUGCUUCCCAGAGCCCUUCGAGCAUCGCUACCACAUCGAUGGCUUCGCAGGGGUGGCCGGAGUGUGACUCUCACCGAGGGAGCCGCCUUGAUUCUGUCCAUGGCGGGCCUCCUUACGGCGGGUGUACAUCAUCCUGACUCCCUCCGCGGGUUAUCGAGAUGGGCACUCGCCUUCAUGCUGAACGGACCCUACGCUGGUUUCUGGAAGCGCAGACGGGAGGUGAAUACUUCACCAUCUACUACGCCAUUGCCGAGAACGCCUCUAUCCAGAGCGAUGGAUGGAGGAGCAGAAUCACCUUCCACAUAA